CUACCCCUGGAAGAAUUAACAGGUGCCAAACUUGGUGAUGUAAGAUUGGCUGCCAUCAAAUCAUUGCAAACAUUGGCUGAUAUUAUGGAAGUAAUAGAUCUGGAGAACUAUUUUAUACCUUUAAUUGCUAGUUUGACAAUGAAUGAUAGAUGUGCUAAACGUUGKUCUGUUAGUCAUCUUUUCACUACUGUUUAUAUGCGUGUCAGUCCAAAACAUCAAAGUGACUUAAUUGACUAUCAUUGUUUUUUAAGUUUGGACUCAUUACCUUCUGUUCGUCAAAAUGCAGCUAAUAACUUAGUURAUUUCACCGAAGUUGUUCAUAUGUCUAUUUUUGACAGUAAAUUAACUCCACGUUUAGAACAAUUUAGCGUUGAUCAAAAUGAGAACAUUAGAAUCUCGGCUUUAUCAAUAGCAAUAACAAUUUCAAAAAAAAUUGAUGUAUCUUACACUAAACAGACAAUUCUUCCUAUUGUUUUGAAUACAAUWAAUGACCCUUCAAUUGGAGUACGUUCAAUACUCAUCAAGAACAUUGCAAAGUUGCUUGUAAUUGGCGUAAGUUGCUUAAAGCUUACUGAAAAUAUAAUGAAAGUACUUAUUUCAUUAACUAAAGACCAACAAACAGAGGUUCGAUUACAGUCUGUCCAUGUUCUUUAUGAUUGUACUGUAGUCCUUUAUGAAAACUUGACUUACUUAGAAGCUACUAAAUUGGUUACCAAAUUUUUAAUUCCUACUUUAUGCAAUUUAAGUCAGGAUUCUGCU